AUGGAUCAAGCGGCAAACCUGACGAGCGGCACAAGCACAACACUCGCCGCAGUCAUUCAGCAUUGGCACCACAAGGCAGCACCUCGAAAGGCAGGCGUUGAGCCUCUCCCGGACGAGCCAAAAAGAGCGUACACAGGAACAAGGACCGACACCACCGAAUUGCAGCCUUCUACACCAAGCACGCCCGACAAGACAUUCUCCGAGCCCCCCUUGCGAGAGUGGCCGCAUGAACCAGUCCCAAUCACCAAUGAACCGGUGGUCGAGCGAUGUCUGGACACAGUCGAUGUGAUACUAUGUCUCCUGCCAUGCGUCCUCAUCAUGAAAGCCGGACUCUGCGUCCUUGCCUCUGAAAUCGACAAGGCGCAUGUGGGACCCUCGAUUGACAAGACCAGCCAAUUGACCCUCCGCCUGAUCGAGUUCAACAACCAGCUCACCACUAUUUCCACAAUCAUUUCCAUCGUGAUUGUCUCCACUACCGUGCGACGGUACGCCCUGUGGAGGGCGGAAAGGGGCACCACGCUCGGGGAAAUCGAGCAACUGCACGCAUCCGUCAGCUUGACAGCCACCUUCAAGGCCAUCUGGUCACUGCGGCGGUUCACCUUCACUGGCGUGGCAUUGAUCUUUCUUUGGUCUUGGUACUACGUGGGAUCGCAGGCAGCAACAAGAGAGUACUCGUACCGCAACUCAGCUAGCUUUGGCAUUCAAUCGGUUGCAUUUCUCUCCCCAUACGCAAUAUCUCCUUUUCAAGGGGACCAAAUUGACAUCGACAAGGUUUCGCCCGUCAAACUGACUGACAUGAGCGCCCGAUAUCACCUGUACAGCUCGUUUACGGCGGGGACGCAGAAGACCAAUGUGCAAGGGGCCAGAGCGGGACAAGGAGCAGACAUCUACGGAGCCACUCUUACUCCGUGGUACGGCCCUGCGCGCGAUAGUUCUUCUCUCGAAUUCGACCAGAAGGAAUGGCUGGAGAUCCCGCACAUGUCCGACCAGCCCGUCAUGUCGUCGAUUGGGACAUCGUUGUAUUGGAUGAACCGGACUCAGGGGGCGAACGCCUGGACGCCGCAGAAGAUGGUCGGGUCCUUUACCUACGAAGUGUCUAGCUUCCAAGCAAAUUGCACGGCGCCCUUUCUCUCCACCAAGCCCAAGCCAAAGGGAUCAUUGCGCGCGGUAUCCACCACGAUGAACAUGACCACCAUGCCUUUGGACCUGAACAAACCCCGCGAAUUAUAUUUCUGGAAUUGGGUCAACGACACCCACAGCCUUACCUCGACCUGCGAUAUGACCAAUGUUACAGUUCGGAUCGACGCCAUCUGCACCGCAGCGACCUGCAAGCCCACGCGGAUGAAACAAAUCAGCACCUCCCCGCGCACGUUGCUCGAUUCCGACGUCUUUGCCACUCCCUUCCUUAACUCCCUUCUCCUGGCGUGCGGGAUGCCGCAACACGAAGGCGACUAUUCGACGUUCGACAGUGACAACGGCCUCGUUGACCUGAAGAGCGACCUCAAUGAAAACAGACUCAACAGUCCAUCACUUCUCGAACAGCGGAGUGCCGAAGCUCAAUUCCCACUAUCGAUGUCGGUCACGCGAUAUGUGAACACGUACUUCACGUCAUCCCAGAUGCUCAGCUUCGAGAGCAGUUUCCAAGAUGAUUUAGCAGUCAACGGGUCCAUUGCGCCGAAGGACAACUCGGACUUUGGUUUCUUGACCAUGGACGGCGCCAUAUAUAACCCCCAAUAUUCUCUGUCAUGGCCGUGGCUGAUGAUGGACAUCCUAUCCAACGUUGUCCUUCUCGGCGCGGCAAUCUGCGCGCUGUGGCUGAGAAAGCACACCCUCGCACCCGACAUCUUUGGGUUCGUGAGCAGCUUGACCAGGGACAACCCGAAUUUGCGUUUGCCGGAGGGAGGGAGCACACUUUCGGGCUUUGAGCGCAGUAGAAGGGUGAAGAUGGUGAGAGUAAAGAUCGCAGAUGUGGAGGAGAAUUUGAGCGUGGGGAGGGUUGGCUUGACGCAGGUCGACGGUACAGAUGUGAAGGAUUUAGAAAAAGGGAGGACUUACUACUAA